AUGAGUCCGGGUCUUCCUCACUUCACACCCCAGCAGAACCUGAUGACCGUAAGUGAAAUCCUGUUGACUUAUACCGUUGUCGCAUUUCAGGCAGAGCGAUUGAUCGCGCAUUCAGAAGAAUUUGACAUCUCACAAAUCCCCGACGACCGAGACGAAACUUCCGGCCCCAAAUCCGAUGCUGAGCCUGAUCGCGAUCAGGCGCCUGCUCCCGAUGAAUCCGCAGACAUGCGACAACGUUCUGGUCGCAGAUACGCGAGCCAACCCGCGGUGGUGAAACAGAAGACAAAUGCGCCACGUAGAGAAUCCAAGAAACGCAAUCGCAGACGGCGGCGGUCCUCGAACUACACCAGCAAUGACGCAGCCAGUGAAGUCUCCAAACGAAAAUCUCCUCCUUUCAACCAAUAUACAAACACAAGCUCAAACUAUCGACCGUUGAAAGAUACAGAACCAGAGACCUAUCACAUAUAUGCGACGUCGGAUACGAGUGAUGCAGAAGGCGCAGAAGGCCCUGUGCGGAAUGGUGGGAUUAGUCCAUUUUCUGCAGUAGAUGGAGCAAGUCGGAAGAACACUGCUCCAGUGUCUGGCGUGGGCGUCGAGAGGCUGCAGGACGACAAUCUAGUUCUUGAGCAGGCUGAAGCUCCCCACGAAGACCCCGCACCUGAAAUACCUGUCGCAACAGAGACGAAGUCGACAAAUGGAGGGACUUGCAGUCCGGUAGCUUCACAGCUACGACAGCCCGAGAACAACGACGAAGACCGGUUUCUAUGCCCUUUCGCGGACGUUCACAAAUGCAAAUUAACUUUUGCGACGAGAAAGUCAGCCAUGAGACAUUCGAACGUUCACACAACGAGCUUUGUUUGUGUCGUCUGCAAGAAACAGAUGAGCCGCAACGAUACGUUAGUCAAGCAUAUGAAGCUGCACAGUGCAUUGCAGAUCGCGUCCGCGGAAGCUUCCUCAACCCCCAUUGAAGACGCACAGCCUGAGGAGCCCGAACAACUCCAACCUCCGCAGCCGAACGUUGGGGCGCACGCCGAGGGCAAGGCAGGAGCGCCGCCAGGAGAGCCCCCGGAAGAAUACUCAAUAGAAAUUACGACUCCAGGAGAGGAGUCGGAGCCUCAGGAGCACGGUCACCACACCGAAGUCGAAACUCGGUCAGAGGGACAGGAAGGGCCGAAGGCCGAGAUGAGCGAAGCUACGCCUGAUGUCGACUUAGCCGAAGAAGUUUCCGACCAACAGUCAAUUUCCCCGUCUAGCCUCUUCGACGAAGCAGCAGGUAUCAUUGUGAAGGAGACCCCAAUGCCCAACGCGGACCUCAAACGCAAACGGAGCUCUGAAGACAGCACUGGACCCCCACGGCCUAGAUUGGAAAGAGCUCGAAAACGCAGAAAGGGGUCGCCCAGCUCUCCGCCUACAUCUGACCCGCCUGAUGAAAUGACAAUGCCAGAUUCUACGAAUAUGUUAAUCCCAACGGACGUACUUCACAGUCGGCAGAUGACACACAAGAUUGUACCACGACUCCAGAAAAGGCAGGCUAGUAUGGACGGCUGGGCCCAGAAAUAUAUACCAGGUUCGGGCCUCAGGCACCCGACUCUGAAUCCGGAAGCACCGCCGGCCUCGCGUCCCGCCGCGCAACAGAUUGAAGUGGUCAUUUCACGAUCCAGUCAAGCUGGUCCUUCUAGCAUCAAGCCGAAGAAGAAGAAGAAGAAGAUCGCGCUGGCACACAGAGUAAUGGGUACCGAUCAUGAAGGAUCUGAAGCGAAUGCCUUUGAAGGGCUCGGCCAAAAGAAACGUAGAAAAGCUACUUACGCAACACCAAAGGGCAAAAAGCGAGCAGAGGCCGGUGUAGACUACUCGACUCCAACAAAAGAUCCGACUAACGGCGAAGUUGAUUUAUUUGACGCCGUUGGCGACAUUGAACCCGUCGACAUCGCAACGUCUAUUGCCAAAAGGACAUUCCCUGCUCGAAGAGGACAAAAACGAGGCGACGGUCAAGAAGACGAUGACUCCGAUUUCGAUGCGGGUCAAAACACCGAGUCCGAGGACGAAGUGACCGGAGCAGAACCAGCUAACAAAGCCACCAAGGUCACUAAAGCUCUGAAGAUCAAGGGAUCUGGCAAUGGAGAUUCGUUCGAGUGCGGCAGGUGUCACCGAAGAUUUGCAAAUCGGGGUUCACUCAACAAUCACUUGAGGAAACCUUCCGCGCAUGUGGGUCUGCUCAGGUGCCAGAGGUGUUCUGAGGAAUUCUGGGCGAGUACUGCGCUGGCCGAACAUGAGAAGGACACGGGCCACGGGAAGGGCAACGGCUCACAAGGACGCAUUGGCCCCUUCAGUCAAACCGAGGUCGACAAACUGAACAGGUGGAGAGAUCAAUUUUGCGAGAAACACAAUAUCAGCCGGGUCCAGUUCAACGAUAUGAUGACUGACACUAUGGUACGAGAAAAAGGAAGCAGUUGGAUCUGGCCCUUCAUCGGGCGAACAGCGUUUCUCAAAGAGUAUGUCGAUGUACUCCCAAAUCGAAACAAAAGGUCGCUGCUUCGCUAUCGUGAGCGAAACUUUCAAAAUGUGGAGGGGUCGAAGAAUUGGACGGCCGAAGAUGACAAGGAACUGAUUCGAUUACACAAAGAACUGGGACCGAAGUGGGCUGAGAUCGCAAGGAGGCUAACAAGGACAGUGGAUGCAGUCAGUCAAAGGUGGGGGCAUAAAUUACGGUACGGUGAAGUCGACACUGGUGAAUGGUCGAGAGCAGAGGAUGACAGGUUUCGCAAGAUUUUGGAGGAGCUACAGCACGAUUCGGAGGAGAACAAGCUGCAGGAUUACCGCAUUCCGUGGAAUAAGGUCAGUGAGAAAAUGGGCACACGGUCUGCGCAACAGUGCUCAAAUCAUUACCGCGCUCGACAUGCAAAAAAGGCACGAGGGACGUGGAUUAAAAUGGAUAACCUGGAGCGGACCUCUGCUUCGAGUAAGGUUUUGCCGCCUUCGAAGAUGGAGUUGAGGUUAAGCGGACAGAAAUUGAGAACAGGAUAUUCGAAGAAAGGCCUGUCGGAGGAGUAUGUUCUCGACGAGGACGAGGGUAGUGAUGAAGGCCGAGACAGGGGCCAGAGAGAUCGCAACGCUACCGAGAACGACAAGUCAGCUGAGGAUAUUCCAGACGAGGAUCAUGAUGAUGGCAAGGGUGAAGGCCAGAGAGAUCGCAAAGCCACCGAGAACGACAAGUCGGCAGAGCAUAGUCCAAACGAGGACACUGGCACCGAUCACGAAUCUGACUCUGAAGCAGAUGUCGAGGUUGAGAGUCAAUCGCGCUCGUCCGCCCAAGGUGCAUACGAGGCCGACAGCGUUGCUCACACACGGAUUCCAGACAUCGCAAAAACGCCUGGUAAAACUCUACGUUCGAGCCAAUUGUUCGAGCAGACCCAGGCCAACACUUCAGCACUAAAGCCCUCGCAAACAAGCAGUAGGAAGGCAAGACUCCAGGAAAGCCAAGAACGACCGUCGCCGAACAUUCCCAUCCAGCAACGGCGACUGGAGUCGAAGUCUCCUUUGCAGGAGAUUCCGGUGCUGGAGAAUGGUGAACUGAGUCUCGAGGAGGUUGAGGAGGAGGAUGAAGAGAACGAGAGCAAGAGCGGAGUGAGCGACGCCGAAGAAUCCAAAGACUCGGAUGCGGCUCAGCAGACAGAUGAGGAGCAAGAGACUACCCUCGAGGACGCUACUGAUGAAGGCGAAGAUGGGCCGGCAGGGCAGCUUGUCGACGAUGAGGCGACAGAAACCGAAUAUAAUGAUGAUGACGAUGAUCAUGGAACUGUAGAUACGGGUGAGGAUCUGGAUGAGGACGACGAAGGAGACACUGAUGAUAACGCUGACGAAGGAGCACUCGGGGAAGAUGGAGAAGAUGAAGAUGAAGAUGAAGUCGUAUCCGGUGGGAACACAUCAAGUUUCAUGGACAGUAUCAACGAGUCUGCGAAACGGUCGCGGAUACGCAGCAGUCAGAGGCGACUAGUUACUGGUCCAAGGCAUCGGGAUCCCAAGGAGCGAAAACUGGACGACUUGGACCAGGACGGUAGCGACGAGGAAUGA